GCUGCUGUUGCAGAUUAUUAUUAUUAUCGUGAUACUCACUUUGCACAAACAAGCUGUUUCUUUUGAUUUCUAUUAUAAGAAACUAACCAAGAAAAGCUCUCACAUAUGUAAUUACUCUGUCCAUUGUUGUUAUUAUCCUAUAUUUCACGCAGAAGUAUCUAGAGGCACCAUAAGUGCAGGUUCUAGUCUAAACCAGUUGUGAAGCAUAUUGGGCCAACGUCACUGGUCGGCGUGUCUGUCUCUUUCUAAGUUCUAUUAAAACAGAACAGCAAAUAAAGUUAAAAAAACAAGACCGGAAGCUAAGCGAGCAGUUCCUUGAAGCGCAUUAGGCAAAAGAGUUAGGUUUUGUGCCACAGCGACUUUUAUUCUGAAAGCCGGAGCCGGAUGUUGUCUUUGUGGAUGUGUCCGUUUUGACGCAGGGAGCGUAGAGGAAGAAGCAAACUGAGAGGCAGCACGACUGGAGCAAACCCAGCAGUCUCAGCCUCAUGCUUCAUCCUGGGCACUUCUCCUCCUCCUGUCCGCUUUCGACAAUAUUGUGACAAUAUUUAUUUUAUAUUUUUAUUAUUUAGCAUAAAAACGAAGGAGAGGAGGGGGAGAAGGGGGCCGAGUCAUGGAGCUUUAUUGCCUGGAGUCGGACAUAGCCGUGAGAGCCCAGCCUGACCCAAACAUCCUUUCUGAUGACAGAGUGUUGCAAAGUUUAUUAACAAUUGAGGACAGGUUUUUACCUCAAUGCUCAUAUUUCCAGCGGGUCCAGAAGGAUAUUCAGCCUUAUAUGAGACGAAUGGUUGCAGGCUGGAUGCACGAGGUGUGUGAAGAGGAGAACAGUAAUGAAGACGUCUUCCCUUUAGCCAUUAAUUAUUUGGACAGAUUUUUAGCAGUGAUGCCCACGAGAAAGAAUUAUUUGCAGCUUCUGGGAGCUGUUUGCAUUUUCCUGGCCUCCAAGUUAAAAGACUGCAGGCCGCUAUCAGCUGAAAAACUUUGCAUGUACACAGACAACUCCUUUUCACCACGGGAACUGCUGGACUGGGAAUUGGUCAUGCUGGGGAAGUUGAAGUGGAACAUGGCCUCGGUUAUCCCCAAUGAUUUUAUAGAGCACAUCAUACGCAGGCUUCCCCUUCCCAAAGACAAGCUGGCGAUGGUCCGCAAACACACGCAGACAUUCAUCGCCCUCUGUGCCACAGAUGACCGCCUGGCCAUGAACCCUCCUUCCAUGAUCGCCACUGGCAGCAUGGGAGCUGCUGUCUGUGGCUUGCAGCUGGACCAAGCAGACCAGAGGCUGAGUCGAGACAACCUGACAGACCUGCUGGCCAAGAUCACUAACACCGAGGUGGAUUGUUUGAGGGCGUGUCAGGAGCAAAUAGAGCGUGUGCUGGCCAGCAGCCUGCAGCAGGGCCAGCAGUACCGGCAGGAGACCGGGGUCCGAGCAGGAAACAAGGCCAGGGAGCAGCAAGACCAGUCCAGCACCCCCACAGAUGUACGGGACGUCAACUUAUGAACUCCCGCCACCACCCGGCUCUCUCACACACACACACACACACACACACACACACUCACUCACUCACUCACUCACUCAGACAUACACACACACACACAGCUCAUGACUGCCAAUGAACUAACAUGAGCAAGGAGGGGGGCGCCAGAGCUGCCAGUCGCCACAUCAGCGAUGGUGUGAUCGAUGAACUUUUAGAAAAUAAGAAAUUUCUAGUUUUUCACCUUUUUUUGCCCCGUUCAUACCCAAUUGGGUGUACUUUCACCUUUCGUAUGGGCCACAUGUAAUCAACCAAGCUAUUUAAAAACCGUAAAUUCUUGAAAACUUGAUAGUGCCUUUGGUUUUUCCAGAACGGAAACCUGAAUAUAUUUUCAUACUUGAAAAAAAAAACAGCAUAAUUAUAUGAAAUAUUCUUUUGAUACAUCAUAGCAAAAAUAGAUAUGAUAAAUAAUGUAUAUUUAGCUAGCAUUUAGUUAUAUUACUCUUUUAUCAUCUUUAGCAAGCAGUUAUCAAUUCACAUGUUUAUCGGGGUUUCCUCACCUGUGAUUCAUACUCAUUUGUGCAGGAUAAUUCCUGGAGCAGUGGUUGAAAUGCUGAGAAUACAGUACAUGGUAUUUAAACCCAGAUGAUAUCCAACCAGAGGAGCGCGACUGUAGCUAGCGGCUGCCUCUCUCUAUCUAUCAUACUGUGCACCUGUAGAACUGCUUACUAUUUAUGCUGAGAAGUGCUGGCCAGGAGUGGGCUGGGCCUGCUCACACAGGAAGGACGCGAGCGGCGCUGAGGUGUGAAGCAGUGGCAACCGUUAGAGGUUAACGCAGAGGACAAGGUCAGUCGUUAAGGUCUCGAUUUCUCUGGUAAACGAGGAGACCGGCGCAGUAUGUUGUUAGGACGACAUGUACGUGUAUUAUAAUUCAGCGAGGCUACAUUAUUAUUGUUGUGUUCCUGGUCGAGCUCCUACGUGUUAGAGAGCAGUUAAGAGUGUUUAGCCGGCGGGACGCAGGCAGAACUGACGCCAUGUUAUUAGAGGAAAAGAAGAUUCAGCGUGUUUGUUUUUUUUUUUUUUCUUUCUUUCUUUUUUUUUUAAAGGUUUGAAAGGAAACGAGCGCAGCUUGAAGGUUUACCUGUGAGGUUUUUGUGGAAAAGAGAAGCAAGUGGGGAAGUUCUGGAUUGAUGAAUGGCGGAACAGUUGGGACGUUAACUUAAGCUAUAAGAUGUUCCUGCACAGGAGGAGGAAGAAUCGCUUUAGUUGUGCUGCAGUUUCUCCUGUUACCAGUUUUUACCAUUAACUUUUUUGUGAGUGGGUGACUUUGGAACAAUAUUGAUGCACUUUUGAAAACACACUCCUUAAGAAUGGUAAGGGGAUGGUGGUUGAGGAGAGUUCAGUGGGUUGUUAUCGUCUUUUUUUCUCCAUUUUUCUUUAAGUUAUUUGAUUUUUUUUUCUUUUUUUUUUUUUCCUGGGCUGGAUUCCCACGGGGCGACGCACGUUGUCUUGAAAGCUACGCCCUGACAGGUGAAUAGACGUAGGAUAAUCUGUUAUAGUAUAAUAGUAUAUAAACUAAGGAAAGCCAAGUCACUUAGACUUAGAUUUUUUUUUUUUCGUUUUUGAUUCAGUGCGAUUAUUUAACCUUACUUGAAUUUUUGUUAAUUCAUAGCCAAAACCUUCCAAUAGUUCUUUCAAAGAGUUACACGCCUACUGUGUCCUAAAUAUUCUUGUUUUGCUCUUUUUACAUAAACUGCUUUCUGAAUUUGUUUGUUUUGUUUUGUUGUUUUUUUUUUAGUUUUUUGUGAGGUAGGGGUUUACAUGGUGGGAACGUUUGACUGUAUGUAACCAAUCUCUCCAUGAGCAGAAAUGCUAGAAAUCCUCAUUACUUUUUGGAACAGAAAUGUAAUUUCUAAGUUGUAUUCCUGCGUGUUCUGCUGCAAAAAGCCAAAUGCCCCCCCCCCCCAAAAAAAGUGCUUUAAACAGAAAAAUGUUAAUGCUUUCAAAGGUUUUGUGUAUAAUCUGAAUGCGAUAAUUCCAAAGUGUGUAAACAAGAUUAUACACAUCAUUCUCUUGCUGCUAUGAAGCUUUUCUUUUCUAGUCUUACACAAAGAUGCCUUAUUGUGAUUCACUUGUGUGCUGCUAUAUUAUGAAAUGUUGUAUAUGUAAUAAGUCUUCUUUGCUUCUCUGUAUGUGUACUGGAGAGAACGUAACACAGUUUGGUGUGGGACUGGAAGUACUUGUGCUUGUUGAUCUGUUUGAUUAGCAUGUUUUACUCUUUUAUUGUUCCAUGUGUAUCUUUAUAUUCUGUCGUAUUCUUGCUGCUUCCUUGUUAUGUUUGUGUACCUCAGGUUAAUUUGGAUGGAUAGAGCGAGAGCCCAUCUCGCAUUACCUCAUCAAACUUCACAUCACACUUUCACUCUGAAUUUGUUGGACGGGUUUCACCUUUUUUUUCUGUCUGGAUGGGAGGAAGUAUGGUGCCUUUUUUUUUUUUUUUUUUGUUUAAAUCAAGAAAUGUCUUCCACUGUGCAGUUAUAAGUACCUAUACUUUAAAAUAGGUUAUUUCAUGUAUCUAAUACAAAAAAAGCCUAUGCUGUAUGUUAUACAUAUAUCAGAAAGACAAAAAAGAAGUUUUUUUUUCCCCACUUGGAGUUUCACUGGCAUGUUUCGAUCAGUUCAUUGGAAUAAAGUGGAAUAUUGUUUAUUUUUGAGGUACCCAUUUAGUGGAAGUUUUAAUAUUUUCAGUGUGGUUGUUAUUCCAAACUCCUCUCCCACUGCUCCCAUGUGCAGCCACACAGUGUACCUCAACAAUUUCUCCUCAAUAAAUUGGCAAAAAUCA